AUGGGUGGUGAUCUGAACCUGAAGAAAUCAUGGCACCCAUCGCUCCUCCGCAAUCAGGAGCGUGUGUGGUCGGAGGAGAAACGGGCUCUCGAGGAGCGCAAACGAAUCGAUCAACUACGUCGCGAACGUGAUGAAGAGCGCCAGAUUCAGGAAUUACAACGUCUCCAGGAAAGUGCAGGUGGAACGCGACAACUUCAGCGGGUCGACUGGAUGUAUCAGGAGCCAUCGAGCGCAACGGGUCAUUACGCCGAGGAAAUGGAGGGGUACUUGCUGGGAAAGCGUCGUAUUGAUGGGAUACUCUUGAAGAACGAUGACAGCAAGAAACUCGAGAAAGGCGCUGCGGUUGGUGCUGGCGGCGGUGCUCCGCUUCCGCCUGUGAUUCAUAAUACCCGUGACACGAUGGUGAAAGUCAUGUCGGAUCCACUGUUGGAAAUCAAGAAGCGGGAACAGGCGGCUUAUGAGACUAUGGUUAAGGAAUCGGUUCGACGGCGGGAGCGGGAGGCAGGGAGAGAUCGCGAACGCGAGCGUGACAGGCCUAGGGACCGUGAUCGUGAGAGAAGUCAUAGGCACAGACGGUAUAGCGAUGAGGACUCCCGUCGGGAGAGCCAUCGUCGUUCUUCACGUCGUCACCACUCUCGCUCGCGGUCUCCAACUUCGCCAGAAAUGUCGCACCGAAGUCGGAGGGACGACCGUGAUAGUAGACGUCACAGAGACCACGAUCACAGGAGUCAUCGAGACCGCGACGGAGGACGAGAGGAGCGCGGUGAAAAGGUCUAUCACUCGAGCAGCAAGUACCGCGAGCGCGAUGAGAAGUACGAGCGAUCCUCCCGUCGUUCCGCAUCACCUCGAUCCGACCGCCACAAUACAGACCGUCACCGCACAGAUGAUAGGAGGGAAGACCGUCGGGAUGGUGAUCGUCGAAGAGAUGAUUAUGACCGCAAUCAUGAUCGAAGAGAGAACCAUGGGCAAAGGAAGACAGACUCAUUUGGACGAAUCCGCGAUCGGACAUCAUACAACCCACGGAACGGCCAGGGUGCAGAAGCCAAGCAGCAUGCAGAGGACCUAGAGGAACAGCGCAAGCGAAGACUCGCUGAGAUGCAGUCAAAUGCGCAAGAAAUGGAAGUCACCCGCCGCGAGCGGGUUGCCGAUGUGACUGCUCAAGAGGAGAAGAAGCGUGAAGAGGAGGACAAACGUCGCUCGGAUCGCGGUCAGUUCAUGUCUGGCCUUCAUCGGCAGCUUCAGGAAGAUAGUCUCGAUGAACGCAUUCGGCGUAGCCGUGGUGGCUUGUCGAAGCUUGAGGAGGAUUAA